AUGCCCACCCCUCCCGCGCGCCCAAGGGCAAGACCGCGAACAGGGGACGAGAUCAUCACCGUUCUCUAUACAAGCCCGAAGGCCCGCUCUCCUCGCGGAGGGUUCGAGAACAACCAAGAGUUCAUCACUCUAGGGUAUCGAGGAUAUCAAUCAUCAACCAGGGUGGGAUCUGUAGCUCCUUUAGGGAACCAAGAGUAG